CGUAAUAUUUAUUUUUAAGUCUACCCAGUAUAGGUACCUACCUAAUAUUCAUAUUUAUAGUUACGACCUAAAUUAUGAAUUAAUUCUGUAAAAGAAUUACACUCGAAGAAUACCAAAAUGGAUAACAACAAAUUCAAAACACAGAAAUUACAACAAAAAUUUCAUUUCGACGAACAUAACAUAGAGAAAAUAUGUACAAGUUUAGAAAACGAAAUCGAAAACUUGAAAGUAGUCAAAAUUCAAAAUCAGCCAUUUCAGACACCCGACGUUCAGUUCUUUAAAGCUGCAUUGCAAGAAACUAAAACCAAUACUCUUUUAGAAUUACCAUCUUUGGCACCGUCUGUCAAGAAUAUUUCAAACACUUCACAAAACGAGAUAGCAAAAACUAAUACUACUAAAUAUUUGUUAACUGAUGCAGUGCAAGCUUCGAGAUGUUUCCAAAGAACACAACACACACAAACAGAAGCAAUCACUUUAAAAGAUCAGUCAAAUAUUGCAUCUGUAUGGAUACUUCAAAAGGAAAUCGGUAAUAAUAUGGCAACAGAAAAAAUCGAAGACAUCAAAUCAAACAAUUUCAAAAAAAUGUUGUUCAUAUCUGACCGAAUUGUGACGUCUAAUAAUUUUUCCGAAAAACAGAUUAAAUUCAUAACACGACACACUAGUGACAAAUUAAACGCAAUGUCUUAUCGUUAUACGUUAGAAGAAAUAUUACAAUUUUCAAAUGAUAAAUUAUCAACUUUUUCGGUCACGUCGUUCGUAUGGAACACUAUGAAUGAAGACAUUUUGGCAGUGGGUUACGGCAAAUGGAACGACGAACCAAAUGGUUUUAAAGGUGCUGUUUGUUGUUGGUCGCUAAAGAAUCCGGUUUAUCCGGAAAGAAUGUACGAAUUCAACAAGCCCAUUACUUGUCUUGAUUUCUCAAAAACACAUGCCAACAUCCUCGUCGCCGGGAGUCACGGAGGAUGCGUCUACAUAUUGGACAUAGCCCCAGAAAUAUGUGAUCCGGUGAUAGUCAACGAGAAAAACUUACAAAACUUUCCUAUAUGGAGUGUUCUAUCGUUUCUACAAAAAAGUUAUACAUCGGAAGACGAAUUUAUACUAUCCGUGGAUGACAAUGGAUCGGUACGAAAAUGGUCAGGAGGUGUUUCCAAGACUUACAACACAGAACAAAUGUCGUUAAUAUAUUGUGGAAUCCGAAACGACUCCGCAAAACCGAACAAAUUCAACCAUUCAACCAUCGUUCAAAAUAUGCCCGGAACGGUCAUAUCGUUUCACCCAACUAAUAAAAGUACAUACUUUAUUGGGACUAAAGUUGGUUUCGUCGUACAGAAUACGGUUGACAGCUGCAAUCAUUACGACAGAAUUUUCAUGGCUCAUAACGGUCCGGUUUACGGAAUCAAAUUUUCACCGUUCUGCUCGAGUAUAUUUAUAACAUACGGAGCCGACUGGCAAAUUAAAAUUUGGAUGGAAAACGUCGACGUACCACUACUAUCCCUAUCUUAUUGCAACGCUGUAGACGACGCCGAUUGGUCACCCAUUAACUCCACAGUUAUUGUCAGUGUUAGCGGCGCAGUCAUAUGCAUUUGGGACUUCGCACGAAAAACGGUCGAGCCUGUCAUGAUGUUUACGUGCAAAACCGGCGUACACUUUUCGUUGGUGAAAUUUUCCAAACACGGUAAUAAUAUUGUCACUGGUGAUGUAAAUGGAUUGGUUAGAUGUUUUCACAUCAGUAACAUGCCUUCGCCGUCAUUUCUCCAAGUAGAAAAAUUCUAUUCUAACAGCUCUGGAGAAUAUGAUGUCAUCAAAUCAUGAGCUUGUUCAAAUAAUUAAAAAAACAAUGAUGAACAACUAAAAAUGUUGGAACAUUUAGUAGUAUUAAAUAACUUAACUUGUUUUUAAAAUUGUUUAUAAACCCAUAUGUUCACUUUUAUUAGAUAAUUAUUAAUUUAUCAUUCGACAAAGAUUAAAUAGUUAUGAACAAACAUUAGAUAAUAAAGACUUUAUUAUGUUUAUAAUUACCUGUAUAUUUUUAUAGUAUCUUAUUAAGUUUACAUAAAAAAUAUUAUGUAUAUAACUUAAUUUUGAUGAUGCUAUUUGGUGAGAUCAGUGGUAGUAAGUUUAGACUGCUAAUCUGCAUACGCAUGUGUAAGAAAUAAACUUUCGACUCAAAAAUAAGAGUCUACUUCACCAAUUAGUGCUUGUAAUAAUGACAUAAGCAUAACUUAUAAUACUAAUCAAUAUCAUUGAUUUUACAUAGUACUAUGUAUAAUCAAUGUUGAUACCAAGGACUGGAACUGUUCCGAAAAGAACCGGUACUCUUAAAUACAUUUUUUUAGGAACCAAAACCUAUAUUUUGAUGUAGAGGUUUAUACGGUUUUUUUCAGUUCCAAAAUCCAAUAUUUUAU